UCAGAGAGAGAGAGAGAGAGAGAGAGAGCGAGCACAUCCUGCCUUCAGUUUCCACGGUGACGGCAUCCCUCCAUCCUCCAUCAGCUCUCUGUCCUGCUGCUGUCGGCUCGUCGGCGUCGUCAGGAUGGGAGAUAAAGGAACCAGAGUGUUCAAGAAAGCCAGUCCCAACGGAAAGCUGACCGUAUACCUGGGGAAGAGGGACUUUGUGGACCACGUGGACCUGGUGGAGCCUGUCGACGGAGUGGUGCUGAUCGAUCCCGAGUACCUGAAGGAAAGGAAAGUCUUUGUGACUCUGACGUGUGCGUUCCGGUACGGCCGCGAGGAUCUGGACGUUCUGGGGUUGACGUUUCGGAAGGACCUGUUUGUGGCCAACGUGCAGGCGUUCCCACCGCUGCCCGAAGAGAAGAAGAGUCUCACUCGUCUUCAGGAACGCCUCAUUAAAAAACUGGGAGAACACGCGUACCCAUUUACCUUCGAGAUCCCUCUGAACCUGCCGUGCUCCGUCACCCUGCAGCCGGGCCCUGAGGACACUGGGAAGGCGUGCGGUGUGGACUUUGAAGUCAAAGCUUUCUGUGCUGAAAACGUUGAAGAAAAGAUCCACAAAAGGAACUCGGUGCGUCUGGUGAUCAGGAAGGUCCAGUAUGCACCGGAGAAGCCGGGUCCUCAACCGACCGCUGAGACCACCAGACAGUUCCUGAUGUCAGACAAACCUCUGCACCUGGAGGCUUCUCUGGACAAAGAGAUUUAUUACCACGGAGAACCGAUCAGCGUCAACGUUCACGUCACGAACAACACCAACAAGACCGUGAAGAAGAUGAAGAUCUCAGUGCGACAGUAUGCAGAUAUCUGUCUGUUCAACACGGCUCAGUAUAAAUGUCCGGUGGCCACCGAGGACUCAGAUGACGUCGUGGCUCCGAGUUCAACGUUCUGUAAAGUUUUUACUCUCACUCCGUUUCUGUCCAACAACCGAGAGAAGAGAGGACUCGCUCUGGACGGCAAGCUGAAGCACGAAGACACCAACCUGGCCUCCAGCACACUGUUGAGAGAAGGAGCCAAUAAGGAAAUCCUCGGCAUCAUCGUGUCCUAUAAGGUCAAAGUGAAGCUGGUGGUUUCUCGAGGAGGGCUCCUGGGAGAUCUGGCAGCAAGUGACGUUUCUGUCGAGCUUCCCUUCACAUUAAUGCAUCCGAAGCCGAUGGAAGAGUCUUUCUACAGAGACGCUGCUGAUGAAUCUCCAAUAGACACAAACCUGAUCGAGUUUGACACACACGAUGAUGACAUCAUCUUCGAGGACUUCGCCCGCCAGCGGCUGAUUGGAGCGAAGGACGAUGAAGACGAGGAGCCGGUGGAUUCUCCCAAACUGGAGGACAGAUAG